UUGAAACUCUCCCACCCAAAGCAUCAAUUUUUCUCUCAAUUUUCCGAAAGAAAAAACAAUUUACUUUUUUUAUAUAUAAAUAUUCUCAAUUCGACCUUCCUCUCUGUCAAACUUCUACCCUUUUCUACAUUCAAGUGCGCGUGUAUUUUUUCCUUCGUACAAUGCCACAAGGCAAUUUAGAAACCCUUGUUUCCGCCUGUGCCGGGGGCUCUUGCGACAACAAAAUCAUUUGCGAGACUUUAGCAACCAGCGAAAGUGAUUCCGACGACCACCUCCACCCGGCGGAGAAACAUAUUGAAGAAGAAAUCCCGUCGGAUUUCCCGCCAGAAUCGUUUUGCUUAUCCAAAGACGCCGAGUUCGACUGGUUCGAUCGUAACGCCUUUUACGAACGGAAAGAUUCGCAUAAAGGAAACUCAGGUCCCAACUCUGCAAACCUCAACCCUAAUCUUAACUCGAUCUCCAAUUCUCAACGCUUUUCUCUGAGAAAGUCUAAAGCUUCCAUCAUCGGCUUACCGAAACCGCAGAAGUCUUGCUUUGUCGAAACGAAGAACAGGAAACCUGGGAACACUAGAUUGUUUCCUAAACGGCCUGGCUCAGUUAAAUCGGAUCGGCCAGUUGUUGAACCAUCUUCACCUAAGGUUUCUUGUAUGGGAAGAGUGAGAUCGAAGCGUGACCGGAAUGGCCGGCUAAAAAAGAACAGCCAAAAAUCGACCGGAGUUGAAACAGUUAAAGAGAAAACGACGGGCAAAAGAAGCGGUUUAUUUUCAAGUUUUCGUGCUAUUUUCAGGUCCAGUGGGAAAGCAAGUGAAUCAGACGCGCUUCCAGUAGCCCAGUGGCCGCCAGGGAAUAGGGACAUUAGGUCUCGUUUGCCACCAGAUGAUCGUGACGCAAUAUCGAUGGAGCCUGAAAUUAUGGAGAGUGAACCGGUCAGUCUAGGUGGAAUGAAGCGGUUCGCAUCCGGUAGGAGAUCGGAGCCGUUAAUCUGAGGUGCGUGAUGACAGUUGUGGGGCACAGCUCAAGCGCGGGUUGGUCUGCGGUCGUAGUUGGGUAACUUGCGGGUCCCGCCUAUUUUUCAAAAUUCUCUUUCGUGGUGACGUCACACGAUGACUGACUGUUUUGACAAGGUAAGAAAAAUGAAAUGCACAUUGAUUUUUCCUAUCCCCCCCCUCUUUUUAAAUUUUGAUUUGGUUUUACUUGAUACAAGGAUCUGUAGAUACGGUUGUAAAUUUUUUGUUCUUAUUUUAAUAAAAUUUCACGAGCAUCAUGUAAA